UAUAUGGCGGCGCUGAGCAAGAUCGGUGCCUUCCUGAAGGACGCUUGGGCCAAGGAGCCCGUCAUCACCGUCUCCUUCGCCAUCGGCAUCCUGGCCGCAGUGGCGCCCUUGCUCAGCCCCUACACGAAGUUCUCCGGCAUGAUCAACCGAGCGACGCCCUAUGUCUACCCAGUGCCCAUGCGAGAUGACGGCAAUAUGCCCAACAUCCCCUCCCACCCCUGUGACAAGGAGGGGCCCAAGCUGGACUGGCUGAAGAAGCUGUGACAUGGCUGCAGAAGGAGCCUUCCUCCUGGGCUGGGUCAGCAUGUUGCCCCCUGCUGGCUACAGGGGGGUUUGGUUCGGUCCACCUCUCCCCAUCGAUGUAAUAAAGGUUUUGACUU